AUGGUUUCAAGCUGGGCCUCUCAACAAACCUCGUACGACCCUUGCAUGUCAAGCAUAUGGACGGCAAAUAUUCGGUGUGGAGGUCGACUCGCGUGGGCAGUUGACUCCGGUGCAGGAUGCUAUGAUAUGCCGGCCUUUAUAUAUGACGCUCAAUCCGAGGUCAUCCGGGCCCAAUUCGACCCUGGAUUAUCAGCUUAUUCAGUCCCCUCUGCAACAGCCGAUGACAUCAAAUCCUCGCCCUAUCCAUCAACGUGGGCUGAUCCAGCUUUGAAAUCACUUUUUGAGAAAACCGACGAUUCCGCCAACUCAACGGAUGCGCGACCCGAACCAUCGAGCAGUGCUAGUAAUUCAUCGACCGAGAUCGGGGCGAUAGUAGGUGGUGUAGUGGGUGGCAUUGCCGGUGUAGCUAUCAUCUUGGCAAUAAUCUUCUUCAUCCUGAGAAAGCGACGGUGA